CUGGAGCUCUAUACUCCAACCACUACAAUAGCUAGCACUCGCUACCAUUCGUCGUCGGCUUCGCCGGGUAGAGGAAGAAGAGGAGAAGCUGAGCAGCAGCAACAUCCAUCAUAGGAAGCUGCAGCACAGAGCCAACGAGGAAAAGCGAAGUCUUCCGUACCACGAGCAGUAGCGCUUGAGAAAUCAUCCGUUUUCCUAGUUUGGAAGAAAUCAUUUCAAGCCUGGGCCUCCGCCUCGCCAGGGGUACCGUGACAUAUAAUUGCAAAUGGAAUGCCGAUCUAUUAUCACACCACGGGACCUGGAGUCCAUGCUAUGUGAUGAAACGGCAGAGCCCCAGCCGCUGCCACUGUCACUUCUCAAAGAAAUCACAAAUGACUUCUCUCCUGAGCUGAAUAUUGGCUCCGGUGGAUAUGCGGAGGUUUAUAAGGGAAUUCUUGAGAAUAGGACCGUGGCGGUAAAAAGGAUGUCAAAUACGUAUAAGUAUGAGAAGGAGUACCUCCGUGAAGUUGAAUGUCUCAUGAUGGUGAAGCACAAAAAUAUAGUACGGUUUCUGGGAUAUUGUGCUGAUACGCAAGGCAGUAUGUUAAAGUACGAAGGAAAAUUGGUCAUGGCCGAUGUACGACAAAGGUUGCUCUGCUUCGAGUUUCUUCCUAAAGGGAGUCUUCGUGAGUAUAUCACGGAUACAUCUUGCGGACUUCACUGGACAUACCGGUAUCAAAUUAUAAUAGGAAUUUGUCAGGGGUUACAUUAUCUUCAUCAAAAUAAUAUUGUCCACUUAGAUCUAAAGCCAGAGAAUAUAUUGUUGGAUGAUAAUUUGGUACCAAAAAUUACUGAUUUUGGUCUAUCAAGGUGCUUUCGUCCAAUGCAGAGCCAGACUUUUACUGUACACAUACGCGGAACACCGGGUUAUGUUGCACCAGAAUGUUGCAACGGUGAAAUCACACACCGGCUUGAUAUCUACAGUCUUGGUAUAAUAAUCGCGGAGGUACUGACAGGAGAGAGGUUGGAUCUAAAUGAUAAUGUUAACAAGGUAGUUGAAAGUUGGAGUGCCAUAUUGGAGAAACCACAACGGGAUGUACAACUGGAACAGGUACGAGUAUGUGCUGAGAUUGCAAUGAAGUGCAUGGAGUUCAACCCGGCAAGGAGACCAGAUACACAACAUAUUAUCAGUGUCCUUGAUGGAAGAGAAACUAUAAAUGGAUAUAUUGAAAAUAGCAUGAUUACUUCACAGCAGCAGUUUAAUCCGGAAAUAUUGAAUGAGACCAUGGGUGCUCUUUGGUUGAGGUAUCAACAACUUAAUCCAGAUCUCCAGCGAAGCUUCAAAUAUUGCAGUAUUUUCCCCAAGAGAUCCAAGUUAAGAAGGGAUGUGUUAGUUCGCUUGUGGGUAGCACAAGGGUUUAUAAAGACCAGUUGUGCAACGGAGGACAUGGAAGAUAUAGCUGAGAGUUAUUUUCAGGAGUUAGUGUCAUGCUCAUUUCUUCAGCAAGGAGGAGAAUGGCCUGAUUGGUUUACAAUUCCUGACUUGUUGCAUGAUUUAUUAGACAAGAUUAGUGGAACGGAAUGCUUCAGAAUCGAGAAUGCAAGGAGUCAGAGAGGAGAAGGAUGGAAAGGAGAUGUUCCCCAAGACGUCUGCCAUCUUCUUGUAGAGAAUUAUGAUGGAGAAUUGAUUACUGAAAAGAUCCUUGGAUUGGAAAAUUUACAAACACUCAUAAUUUAUGUUGUUGAAAAGGGUACUACAGUUGAGGAAAACGUCAUUGACAAUAUAUGCAAGGGGCUGCAAAAAUUGCAGGUACUGGCGGUUGCUUUUAGCCGGGAACAUCUUGAAAUCACCAAACCCAAGAAGUUCUCGAUACCAGAAUCCAUUGGCCAGUUAAAGGACCUAUGCUAUCUUUCUUUCAGGACAUUCGAAUGCACCGUAAUUUUACCAAGCACACUAACUAAGAAACUUCACCAUAUCCAGCUGCUGGACUUUGGUCGUCAUGGCCAUGGCCAAAUUUGGGAAUUUACACUUGAUAACCUUAUCAACCUGCGGUACAUAAUUUGUGAGAACUUGGAAUGUCCGAGCAUAGGCAGGCUUAUCUCACUCCAAGCGUUACCAAGCAGCAGGUUCAUAGUAAGGAAUGAGCAGGGUUAUGAGAUAAAGCAGCUUAGGGACCUAAACAAGCUUCGUGGCAGCCUGACAAUCAAUGGACUUGAAAAUGUUAAAAGCAAGGAGGAAGCUGUUGAAGCCAAUCUUGGUGCCAAGGAUCGGUUGAAGGAACUGAAGUUGGAAUGGGGUGAUGAUGGUACAAGGUGCAGCUCAGAAGUUGAAGCAGAGGUGCUUGAGGGCCUGUGCCCUCCUGUUGGUAUCGAAGAACUGAUUAUUGCAGAAUAUGAAAGCUUGAGGUACCCAGAUUGGAUGGUGGAUAAGCAGAAAGGUGGCCCAAAGAACCUGAAAAAACUUGUCUUGGGUGGAUGGAGCCAACCGGGACCUGGUCCUGAACUUGUGACUUUCAUUCAUCUUCGUGUGCUCUGGCUUGGUCGGUGCAACUGGGAUGCCUUACCAGGCAAUAUGGAGCACCUUACAUCGCUCAAGGAACUACAAAUCGAAGGGUGCUUGAAUAUCCGGUCGCUUCCAACACUGCCCCGUUCUCUUGAGAAGUUUUGUGUUGCAUACUGCAGUGGUGAGUUCACGAAGUCGUGUCAAACAGUCAGACAUCCAAAUUGGCAGAAGAUCAAGCACAUCCCCGACCAAAGAUUUGAAGACCCAGCAUCCUCAGAAGAAAAUUCUAGUUAGAUUUUCCCGCAAAAAAAGAGAAGAAAGAAGAGAAGGUUGGCUAGGAAUCACAAGUCCGUGAAUCAGUGAAGGAAUGUGGAGCCAUCAGGAUUUGUUCUUACUUUCCAUGUGCUUGUUUUAUUGUGCACUGUGAUUUUCAAUGUGCACCAGACGUGUAUGGCCGACUACUGUUUCAUAUGACUAUUUGUGAGUGAGUGUGAGAGAAUUCUGUAUACUAUUCAGUACUAUUUCUGAUCUGUAAUAAUGUGGGCAGUACCGUUUAAUUUGAUUGGUGAAUGCUAUUUAAUCA